ACCACUGCAGCUCUAUAAUCCCAAAUUGACCCUAGUACACCAGGUUCACUUGUACUGCACAACGACGCCACUAAAGUUCCGUUCUAACAGGCUAUACCUAGGAAAUGACGUCAGUGCGGGGAAUAUGGCGUCUGCAAUGGCUAUGGACUCUACAGACAAACAGUAUAUUGAUAUCAAGUUAAAAUAACGACUAAUUAAAGCCGCGGUGGAAUUGUAAAUGGACGAUAAGGAAUCUUCGGCCAUGUUUUUUUAUUGUCCUUUUUCUUGAUCUCGGAUAUAAACCCACAACACAUGUCAGAAGGAGCCAGGUCUGCCUGGUCAAAGAGGGGUUGUGGGGACUUGCAGCGCCGAGAAUGUUUUUCUCUGUCUCUAGAUCAGGGCAAACAUAAACAGAGGAAAUGUGAGCGUCCCCUCAGCCUGCUGUCAGCUAAGCUCGAGACUGGCCUCGAGGCCCCCAAAAGGUGAUUCAGAGAAGGGCGUUGUUAGUUUCUCCCAGGACACAAGGGCCACUGUCCUCUGAUUGGCUCGGAAUACCCCUCUGACAUGCCCGUGGCCAAUCAGAGGUGUGUGAUGUCCGGGGGGGAGGUGGAGAUGUACCUGUCCCAGGUGCAUGAUGGGAGCGUGUCCUCAGGGUUCCGGGCGCUCUACGAGGAGAGACUCCUAUUGGACGUCACGCUGCUCAUAGAGGAACACCACUUCCAGGCUCACAAGGCCCUGCUAGCGACCCAGAGUGACUACUUCCGGGUCAUGUUCACAGCAGACAUGAGAGAGAGAGACCAGGACAAGAUCCACAUGAAGGGGUUAACAGCUGCCGGCUUCGGCCACGUACUGAGGUUCAUGUACUACGGUUCACUGGAGCUCAGCAUGGUCACUGUGCAGGAGAUACUACAGGCAGCCAUGUACGUCCAGCUAACAGAGGUGGUAGAGUUCUGCUGUUCCUUCCUGCUGUCUAAGAUCUGUCUGGAGAACUGUGCUGAAGUGCUGAGGCUGCUGGAGGACUUCAGCGUGGGGGUGGAGGGUGUGCAGGAGCAGCUCGACAACUUCCUGCUGGAGAACUUUGUUCCUCUGAUGAGCAGACCUGACUUCCUGUCCUACCUCAGCCUGGAGAGACUGCAGGCGUACCUGGACAGUGAUGCCCUGAGUCGCUUCCCAGAGAUAGAGCUUUAUGAGUCUGUCCAGGCCUGGCUACGACACGACCGUCGCCGCUGGAGACACACAGACACUGUCGUCCAGUCUCUACGCUUCUGCCUCAUGACUGCCGCUAACGUCUUCGAGAAGGUGAAGACGUCAGAGUUCUAUCGUUACUCUCGACGGCUGCGUCAGGAGGUGGACCAGGCUCUCGGCUACUUCCACGACGUCAAUGAGCAGCCGCUGGUCGAGACGCGGUCCAACCGUAUCCGCUCAGUCCGACCACAGACCGCCGUGUUCAGGGGCAUGAUCGGACACAGCAUGGUCAACAGCAAGAUCCUACUGCUGCACAAACCCAAGGUGUGGUGGGAGUUGGAAGGUCCCCAGGUCCCUCUCCGUCCAGAUUGCUUGGCCAUCGUCAACAACUUUGCCUUCCUGUUGGGUGGGGAGGAGCUAGGGCCUGACGGGGAGUUCCACGCCUCCUCUAAAGUCUACCGCUACGACCCCCGGCAGAACUCCUGGCUACGCAUGGCUGACAUGUCUGUACCCAGGUCAGAGUUUGCAGUGGGGGUCAUUGGUAAGUUCAUCUACGCUGUUGCUGGCCGGACGCGGGACGAGACGUUCUACUCCACGGAGCGCUAUGACAUCACGGCGGACCGCUGGGAGUUUGUGGACCCGUACCCGGUCAACAAGUACGGCCACGAGGGCACAGUCUUAAACGGUAAACUCUAUAUCACCGGAGGAAUCACAUCCUCAUCCACCUCCAAACAGGUGUGUGUGUUCGACCCUGGGCGAGACGCAGGGGGGGGUGUGUGUUUAGCGGGCUUGGGGGGAGCGGGAACGACGGACACACACAGGACGCGCUCAGCUCGCACCCCAAUCCUCCCCAGCACCCACACCAGCUGCUGGGAGAACAAGUCGAAGAUGAACUACGCUCGCUGCUUCCACAAGAUGAUCUCCCACAACGGGAAGCUGUACGUGUUCGGGGGGGUGUGUGUGAUCCUCCGGGCGUCAUUCGAGUCGCAGGGCUGCCCAUCCACAGAGGUCUACGACCCUGAGACGGAUGAGUGGACCAUCCUGGCGUCGAUGCCCAUCGGGCGCAGUGGGCACGGUGUGGCGGUGCUGGACAGACAGAUCAUGGUGCUGGGGGGCCUCUGCUAUAAUGGACACUACUCUGACUCCAUCCUUACCUUCGACCCCGACGACAACAAGUGGAAGGAAGACGAGUAUCCCAGGAUGCCUUGCAAACUGGACGGGCUGCAGGUGUGCACUCUACACUUCCCUGAGUACGUCCUGGAGCACGUCCGCCGCUGCAGCUGAGGUCUGGUUCAGUUCAGACAUGCUCCUUUUUAAGGUUUGGGAAUGCCCCUCUUUUUAAGACAGACUCCUCCGAUGUGGGCCGGGCGGUGGAGGAUAGGUGUUUACAGGUGUGACACUAACGCUCUAACUACACAGAAGCUUUUCAACUAGAGACACAGAAUGGACUAGUCUCAAAAGCCCGAUCCUAGGCAACACCAUGACUAUGGUCUGGUUUUAAUGAUGGACGCUUUUGGCAUAGUGGAACUACGUCACUGCCUACGUCGAUAAGGGAAAAUAAAGAUUUGGGGGAUUCGCCCAGCAAAACGCGAGGCAGACAUGCCAGAACAUCGAGAUUCAAAUCCAAAGUUUGCAGGCAAAACCUUUGCAGUGGUUUUACUUAGCUAAGGGUAAAUCCAUUUGAAUUCAAUCACUUUUUGACAGCAUCCCGUUUGAUUUGAACGAAGCCUUACAUGUACAUUUGCAUAUUUUAUAAGCAUUCAGAAAGUGACUUUGUGGACCUGACUUUCAAAACAUUCGAGAGAUAAAUGUGCUCAAAGUUAACCCAUUUUGCAUACGUACAGUUGAAGUCAGAAGUUUACAUACACCUUAGCCCUAUACAUUUAAACGUAUUUAAAAAAUAAAUAAAAAAUUACAAUUCCUGACAUUUAUUCCAAGUAAAAAUUCCCUGUUUGAGGUCAGUUAGGAUCACCACUUUAUUUUAAGAAUGUGAAAUGUCAGAAUAAUAGUAGAGA